AUGUCCAGCAAUAUCUUGUCAGUUUUCAAUCCCCCACCUCAACGCGAUCUCUCGAAUGAGGAAACUAAGGACUGUAUACCUUGUCAGGCAAUGAGUACGCUGUUUAGCUUAGGAUUUGGUACGUAUUUGGUAAGCGGUAAGGCUUUUGAAUACUCAGAAAAGGAGCGAAAGCGUGGAAUUUCCAUCCAAAAGUUCCAGGAAUUGAAUCCGAGAUGGUGGAGAACGAGCUUGAGAGGCUUGGGCGGGGCCCUAAUAGUGUUUGGUAUCGCCAGAGGCACAGAAAAGUGGCUAUGGAAUAAAAAAAGCUAG